AUGUUGUGGAGCUCAAAUCAAGUGCUAGACGAUGUAUAUCAUAUCAAGGGACCACUGCGAGAGGAAGCAGGGAUUAAAGUGCUUCUGAAGCUAAAUUCGGUGAAGGAUGAAGCGAUGAGACUUCCAUAUAAGGUGAAGGAUUCUCAGACUAUUGUUGUCGAAGGCAAAGCACACUCUCAAGAACAUCUAGCUGGUCAAAACCUUAAGCUUUUUCGAGUGGAUCAAAUUUUCAAUCCUGGAGCUCAGACUAAAGAUACUACGUCGUCCAUCAUUGGUGACAGUGUCGCCCAACUUUUUAAUGGUUAUAAUGUUGCGAUAAUGGCCUAUGGGCAAACGGAUUCAGGGAAGACUAGCACAAUGUUUGGUUACAAUAAAGGAGAUGGGGUCAUAAACGGUGUCUGUAAGCAGAUCUUCACUACUGUCGAAACUGGGUCCGAAAAUAACAUUGAUUAUAGUAUCAGUUUGAGCAUUAUUGAAGUUAAUUGCGAAAGCAUCAGGGAUCUCCUAGCUCCUCUAUCCGAACAAAAACCUUUGAAGCUUCGAUUAGACUCGAAAAAGUCAUCUAUCUCAAUAAAGAACCUGCGAUGUGUGUAUGUCACAUCUCUUUUAGAAGCUUUAUCAUAUUGCGAGAAAGGUCGAUCCUUGGCCUCUUCCAGGUCUAGCGUUAUAAUUAGGAUAACUGUGGAGCAGAGAGACAAUGUUAAGGAAGUGUUCAAGACCGGGUCUUUCCAAUUGGUAGAUUUGGGAAGCUCAGAUAAAAUAGACAAGCAAAAUAACCUGGGCAUAUCUCCAGAAAAUACCAAGAAGAUAAACCAAUCAAUGGUUACUUUAGAGAACGUUGCUCGCUCUUUAGCGGGUACCGAGCAAAGUGUCAAAAAUGGCAGACCUCGUUCUGGUAAUUAUUAUAUUCCCUACAAAGAAUCGUGCCUAACUCAGCUGCUUCAAGAAACAAUCGGAGGUAAUUGCAAAACUACCUUGGUGUUGAUGUGCUCGACAGCGAAACAAGAUGAAGAAGAGACACUUAACACCCUAAACUUCGGCGCUAACAUGAAGCUCGUGAAGAACCUCUUUCAACAAAAUAAAGCAGGGACGAAUUCUAAGGCCAUGCUAGAUUUGCUUAUGAAAGACUUUGAUGCCAAGGAGAAAAACUAUCAAUCUCACAUUCAAUUACUGGAAAAGGAAUUAAUGAAUCUGAAGAAACUUCAGUAUGGAAGCGAGACUGCUGAUAAACAGAAUGAAAUAAUGUUAGAAAACAAGAAGUUAAAGGCACAGCUAGAGUCGCUUUCCCAGCUGCUGCAUAGUUCAAGUUCAAAAGCUAACGUUAGCACCAAAAACGAUGAAGAACAUUCGAAAAUAAUGGGAAUACUAAUGGAAAAAUGUGAGAAAGUUAUGGAGGUACAAAUGAGAUUAGAUAAUGAGAUAUCAUCUAACAAGUCUCUCACCUCCCAAUUGGAAUUCAAAUCCUCUAAGGAGGAGGCUUUGGCAGCGAUGAAUUUGAAGCUGCUAGAACAGUUACAAGCUAACGAGGAGGAAAUGAAAGAUUUACUAGCUUCCAAUCUGCACAUGAGGCAAGAUUUAGAAAAAUGGUCUAAUCUUGCUAAUUCACGUUUUGAAACAAUUGGAGACCUCGAAGGCAUGUUAAGAGAGGUUCACGUUUCCAAGCUCGAAAAUCCUGCUGCAAGAAGAUUGUCGAGCUCGUCAGCGGGCAGCGCCAAAAGUCAACUGGAUGAAAGUUCUCAAUCAGGGAAACUUUCGUGGUUCUUCAAAAAUACCACUCCUAACGCCAAAGCGUCAAGGAAAAUCUCCAUCAACAGCGUAAGCUCGAAAGGGUCCGAGGAGUCAUUGAGAAUACGAAGCUCGAGAACUGGACUUAAUCUACAUGCUGUGAGGCUCAACGAAGGGAUCGCCGAUGCGGACAGCUUGAAGAGCAAAUAG